AUGGCCGACAGAUCACCGUCGUCGUCUAUCCACACCUACCACUGCCUAUGCACCACCCUCGUCCUCACCACCGCACAUGACCUGAACUCACUUCCUCGCCGCAAUGAGCCUGUUCAAGAUGGCGCCCUAAUCCUCGCUCCUCCUGUCAACAUUUCUCGAGCGGAGACUCUGGAGGCGCAACUGUCUGAAUCCGCGACUUCUGUGCUUCUGAACGUGGCGCCAGAGCGGAGACCAGUCAUGAUCCGGAGAGAAGACGGAUUUGAGAAAAGAACGCUGCUGAGAUGCGUCAGGUGCAAGUUGGUUCUAGGGUACAAUCUCGACGAAAGUCACUUUGAGCAACAGGAAGGGGACCCAAGGCCAGUGUAUUUGUUGCCUGGUGGACUACUCAGCACUCAGGAUAUGGUCGAGGGGAAGCAGCCAGAGACUCCUUUGUGGGCCGAGCAAAAAUAA